CACGUUUGUGAAAGCGUGGAGGAUGAAGUCCGUGGGAGGCGGGACAAGAAGCGAGCCAUUCGUGGCUUCCUUGCUUGGUUACGCUUGUUGGCUUUUUUUCUCCUUGAUGGAAAAUGGAUGGAAGGCCGACGAGUCCGUCUGGCUCAACGGGUCCGGGACUGUCGUCUACAUUGUCUAUCUGCUGAUGUUUCUCUGGUACACGGCCGCAGCCAAUCGAUGGAUUACAGUCGAGUGGUGGGUUCCCGGCGCCGUGUUGUACCUGUGUGCCGCAGCAAUCUUUGGAGUUCUGGCCGGUUGGACCUGGGUCUUCAAGGUGAUGUGCACGCUGGCUGGACUGGCCUCCGCGUCCGCAUCACUCGUGCUGACUGUGUUUGUGCUCGAGAGGAAGGUGGAGUUCUUGCCUGAUUAUGUGUCCACGACAGUGAGCCUACUUCACUAUUGCGUGUGGAUCGCUCGUGACGCUAUCGACCCAAGAGAUUACUUUGAUAUGGUCCAAAAUGUUUGCGGCUUUGGUUGCUGCUUGGCUUUCCUCACCCUGCCGUUCCUGCCCUUCUUCUGGACGGGGGAUGGGACGCGGGCCAAGCCAACACUGGCAGAUGAGGACGACCCCAACAGGCCACUUAUCUCUCUGCCUGGCGAACCACCCGCACCGCUGCAUCAGCCGCUGACCGCCGUCAACCCGCAUGCUGAUGAGCUCGUCAACCUGCCGGCCACCAAUGUGUUCCAGGAGCCCAGGAGGGCGGGUUCGGCUCCAUCCACACCGAAGAACCAAGUUGAUGAUACACGCAGGGUGGUUUCGGCUCCAUCCACACCGAAUUAGUAAGUUGAUGAUACACACAGAUGCUAGCUUCCUUAAUCAUGUGCCAGCAGUGCCAGAUCCAAGAGACAAAUCAAAUUCUGUCUUUUAUGCAAAAGAUUUUUUUUUACAUUCUGUACGGAGUACUGUAUAAUCCAUCUCCAAGAGACAAAUCAAAUUAGGAAACAGUUCUGAGACGCCACAUGUAUGUUUUUUCAAGA